AAGCCAUCUGGUUGUGUGUCGACUCAGGGAACUACACUCCAUUUCCCAGAGUCCCUCGGGGCGCAGCCCGAUAAGGACCUGCCCCUUCCAGGGUCGGGGAAGAGUCGGGGCCAAGAUGGCGACAGGGACUGGGAAACACAAGCUACUGAGUACUGGCCCCACAGAGCCUUGGUCUAUUCGAGAGAAGUUGUGUCUGGCCUCCUCCGUCAUGAGAAGUGGAGAUCAAAACUGGGUGUCAGUUAGCAGAGCAAUCAAGCCCUUUGCUGAACCUGGCCGACCUCCUGACUGGUUCUCUCAGAAACAUUGUGCUUCCCAGUACUCGGAACUUCUAGAGACCACUGAGACCCCAAAGCGGAAACGUGGUGAAAAGGGGGAAGUGGUAGAAACAGUAGAAGAUGUUAUUGUUCGGAAACUGACUGCUGAAAGAGUUGAGGAGCUGAAAAAAGUAAUUAAGGAGACACAGGAAAAAUACAGACAACUGAAGAAAGAUGCAGAACUUAUCCAAGCUGGACACAUGGACAACCGACUUGAUGAACUGUUCAAUGACAUUGCAAUGAAAAAGAAAUUGGAGGAAGAAGAGGCUGAAGUGAAGAGGAAAGCUACAGAUGCUGCAUAUCAGGCCCGACAGGCAGUGAAAACGCCUCCUCGGAGGUUACCAAGUGUGAUGGUUCGAUCCCCUGCGGGCUCUACUUCUCCAGGAGGUGACUAUCCACUGGGUGACUUGGCUUCAUCAGCUAUAGAAGAGGCCAGUCCUGGAGUAACCCCUGGGACACUGCCGAGUACCUCAGUUACUUCAUUUCCUGGAAUUCCUGAUACCCCUCCUCCAGGCUCUGCACCUUUAGAAGCCCCCAUGACCCCAGUCACAGAUGAUUCACCCCAGAAAAAGAUGCUUGGACAGAAAGCAACUCCACCCCCCUCCCCUCUGCUGUCAGAGCUCUUGAAGAAGGGCAGCCUUCUGCCUACCAGCCCCAGACUGGUCAGUGAGAGUGAGAUGACUGUGGCUUCUGGCCACCUGAACAGUGCUGGUGUUCUCCUAGAGGUAGGCGGGGUCCUUCCUAUGUUGCCUGGAGGGGAAAUGCAGUCAACACCUAGCACUGUUGCAGCUUCUCCUGCUGCCUCAGGUGCUCCUACUCUUUCCCGGCUUCUAGAAGCUGGGCCUACACAGUUCACCACAACUCUCACUUCCUUCUCUGCUGUUGCCAGUGAGUCUCCAGCUAAACUUCUACCACCCCCUGUAGAGUCUGUACCCCAGGCUACCAUUGUCAUGAUGCCUGCCCUGCCAGCACCAUCCUCUGCUACAGCUGCCGCCACAUCAGAAAGUGUAGUUCCAGUAAGUCAGCCUGACACUCGUGUACCUAUGGAGACUGUGGGUGAUCAGCACACUGUGACUGUUUCCAUGGACAGCAGUGAAAUUUCCAUGAUCAUCAAUUCUAUCAAAGAAGAAUGUUUCCGAUCUGGGGCAGCUGAGGCCUCUGGAGGAUCAAAAGCCCCUAGCAUUGAUGGGAAAGAAGAUUUGGACCUGGCAGAAAAGAUGGACAUUGCUGUAUCUUACACAGGGGAAGAGCUGGACUUUGAGACUGUGGGAGAUAUCAUUGCCAUCAUUGAGGAUAAGGUGGAUGACCAUCCAGAAGUCCUGGAUGUGGCAGCUGUGGAAGCCGCUCUGUCUUUCUGUGAAGAAAAUGAUGAUCCCCAGUCCUUGCCUGGCCCUUGGGAACAUCCUCUCCAGCCGGAGCAGGAGAAGCCAAUUCCUCCUCCCUCAGCAGACAUGACAGUCAAGCAAGAGAGGCUUGACUUUGAGGAAUCGGAGACCAAGGGAAUCCAUGAUCUGGUGGAUAUUGUGGAACCAAGUGCUGAGAUCAAGAUUGAACCAUCAGAACCAGAACCCAGUCAUCCAGGCCCUGAGGCACCUCUGGGAGUUGUUGUAACAGCAAAUGCAGAGCCACCUGAGCUUAGAAGUCAAGAUGUAGAAGAGGAACCCAGAGGUGCUACUGUUGCUGUUGUUGCUGCAGCCGCCGCCGCCGCCGCCGCCGCCGCUGCCGCUGCUGCCGCUGCUGCAGAGAUUCCUGAAGUAGAGACCUUGAUUGGAAAAGUUGAUGAGACAGCACAUCCCAUAGUAAAGAGAGAGGCUUCUCCUGAAAGCAUGAUAUCUCUUCCACAUGGUCAAAAUCCCAGUGAAGAUCUUUCAGAGACAGAUAACCAGCACAAGUUUGAGAUGUCAGAUUCUAUGAAAGAAGAAUCAGGACCUAUUUUUGGAAGCCAGAUGAAGGAUACACCUGGUGAGGAUGAAGAUGACGAUGGGGCCAGUGAAGCAGCCAGCCUAGAGGAACCCAAGGAGGAAGACCAGGGAGAGGGUUAUCUGUCUGAAAUGGAUAAUGAACCUCCAGUGAGCGAGAGUGAUGAUGGAUUUAGUAUUCACAAUGCUACUCUCCAGUCCCACACUUUAGCAGACUCCAUCCCCAGUAGUCCUGCAUCUUCACAAUUUUCUGUUUGCAGUGAGGAUCAGGAAGCAAUUCAGGCUCAGAAGAUAUGGAAGAAAGCCAUCAUGCUGGUAUGGAGAGCUGCAGCCAAUCACAGGUAUGCCAAUGUCUUCUUGCAACCUGUCACAGAUGACAUAGCACCUGGCUACCAUAGCAUUGUACAGAGGCCUAUGGAUUUGUCAACCAUUAAAAAGAACAUUGAGAAUGGACUAAUAAGGACAACAGCUGAAUUCCAGAGAGAUAUCAUGCUGAUGUUUCAGAAUGCUGUAAUGUACAAUAGCUCUGACCAUGAUGUCUACCAUAUGGCUGUGGAGAUGCAGAGGGAUGUUCUGGAACAAAUCCAGCAAUUCUUGGCCACACAGCUGAUCAUGCAGACAUCUGAGUCUGGAAUCAGUGCCAAAAGCCUUCGAGGGAGGGAUUCUACUCGCAAACAGGAUGCUUCAGAAAAGGACAGUGUCCCCAUGGGCUCUCCUGCCUUCCUUCUCUCUCUCUUUAUGGGGCAUGACUGGGUUUGGUUGGAUUCUGAACAAGAUUAUCCUAAUGAUUCUGAGCUGAGCAACGACUACAGGUCCCUCUUCAGCUCAUGGGACUCCAGUCUGGAUCUUGAAGUGGGCAGCUGGAGGGAAACGGAAGAGCCAGGAGCAGAGGAGCUAGAGGAGAGCAACUUAGGCAGAGAGUCCAGUGACCCCCUUAUGGGGGAUGGAGGCAGUGAGGAGUCCCAGGAAGAGACAGAACAAUUCAACCACCAGAAUCUCCUUCAUUUCCUCUCUGAGGUAGCCUACUUGAUGGAGCCACUGUGCAUCAGCAGCAAGGGAACAAGUGAGGGCUGCAGGUCUCAGCCUGGCUCUAGGAAGCAAGAAGGAAGGGAAACUCCAGAUGUUGAGGGAGAGGCAGGGGAGCCAUGCAGGGAGAUCGAGAAGUUUCCAGCCAAGGGAAACGGCUCAGUAGCACAGAAGGAGCUGGAGGGAAAAAAUGAGAGGCCAGAGAUGGCCCCAAUUUCCCCAGAUAUAUGUGAAGUUCAGGGGCCACCCCCAGAGAGCGAAGAGGGGGGUACAAAGGAGGAACCCAAAGAAGAAAAAGGUGAAGGAUAUGUCUCUGAGGAGGAGAGCAGACCGCCUUUGGGUGAGUGUGAUGAUGGCCCCAACAUUAAGGAGACUCCAUUGGUGGAUUUAAUUUUCAGCAAUGCCUCUUCCUCCAAGAUGACUGAUCCAAACCAAGGUGAUCCUGUCAAAGAACAGCUGCUCUUCAAGAAAACCCUCCUUCCAGUCUGGAAAAUGAUUGCCAGUCACAGGUUCAGCAGUCCAUUUCUGAAACCUGUGUCAGAUAGGCAAGCUCCGGGGUACAAGGAUGUGGUGAAAAGACCCAUGGACUUAACCAGUCUGAAGAGGAGCCUCUCUAAGGGACGCAUCCGAAGCAUGGCCCAGUUCCAGCGUGACUUGAUGUUGAUGUUCCAGAAUGCUGUAAUGUACAAUGACUCUGACCACCAUAUUUACCACAUGGCUAUAGAGAUGCAAAAAGAGGUCCUAGAGCAGAUCCAGAUCUUGCAGGUUGCCUGGAGCAAUUUCCCAAGCCACAAGUCAACAGCCACUGGGAGGAGAAACUGCAGCAAAACUUCUAAACAAGAAGCUAUAGCCAUUGAAUAUUUUCAGGCAGCUGCUUUUGCUCAUAUAAAUUUGACAUCAUUCCAUCUUUGCCCAUUCCCAAGGUGCUAAGUAUUUGGUUAGACAGAAGAAGAGAUUUGAGUGAUGUGGACUGAUUCCCCAGGGGAAGACGGAGAGCCCCUUGGGCUUCCCAGCCCAGGCAGACAGCCUGACCUUGACCUCUGACCUCACCUCUGACCGGGCCGAGGCUGUUCUGGGGUCAAGGCUCUCCGCUUGGCCCUGCUAUGGACCCUAUCACAGAGGUUGUUCGAGUUGCCGAGUUAUCCUUUGUUAGUAAGAGAGGCCUUAAAUCACCCAAGAGAAGAAGCCCGGGCUGCUUUAGUCACGGAACCGAAGCAGGCGGGUCUGCGGCUUGUGCCUCCGCCCAGAGGCCGCCUGCUUCCACCGGGCUCCCUGUAAGACAGACCUUAGAAUAAACAUUGUUUUACCAAA